CAAGCUACAAUGUGCGGCGGCCAGUAUCGCUUUGUUAUGGAAGGACGAGGGCGCGCUCGGUGAACGAGGGGGGCCUAUGGUGAUAUAAUUCUUCAACUCGCUAGAUUCGUCUAUUAUAAAUAAAGGUGGAGAUACUUCAUGGGAAUCUGAACAUCUCUUCGGAACCAGAGAUGCAGCAGUUGCAGGAGAGGCUCCAAAUGAAUCUGAUUCAACAGACUCAUCUGGUAUCUCAGCAGUCGCCUUCGGACGUGAAGACGUCAGACCUCCAUCAGAUGGCGUUCCAGCAGCAGCAACUGGUCCAUCAUCUGCAGAUGACCCAGCGCCGAUAUGUACUACAACACGGGAUGAAUCUUCCCCCAUCAGCACUCCCUCCAGCGCCUCACCAGUCCAAGACCAACAAUGGAGGAGAUGUGAACGUAGGGGCUGUUGCACUAUGGAACUCUCUCAACCAAGGAAGCACGAGUGCUGGUCAAGAGCAGCCCUCGGACAAACCCCCGGGGCCCCCUGGUACCAGCGCCGAUAAGAGCGCCAUCAACGGGCUCCUUGCAUCAAUGGGUAUCUCAAGGCGUGAAUGCCUGAACGGAGGCAGCUCGGGAACCCAAGAGGAGGCCAGUGAAGGAGAGCCCCCGCCUGGUACCAAAGUCCAUCUGCUCUUCGGCCACGGCAUCUGUAAGUGGCCUGGGUGUGAAGCAGUCUGCGAAGACAUACAGGCAUUUUUCAAACAUCUACACAAGGAGCACAGUCUAGAUGAUCGGUCGACAGCGCAGGCCCGAGUGCAGAUGCAGGUGGUCUCUCAGCUGAAACUGCAGUUGCAGAAGGAGCGAGACAGACUGCAGGCGAUGAUGUUACAUCUGCACAUGUCCAAACAGCAGGGAGGAGAACAGGAUAGAGAGGCCUCUAAUAGCAGCCUGUGCUUACCAAAGAUGAGUCCAUCACAACCCUACAUCAGUAGUCAGCCUCAGCCCUGUCUGCCAGCCACAGUACCUCCAGUAUCUCUGUCUUCUCUCGUGUCUACAGUACAUUCCUCCAUCAACCCUCUGCGACCAACAACUCCGAGUCUCAUGUCUCCCUCCAAACGAAGGAUCUAUGAAAAAUCUGCGCUUUCGCUAUCAGGAGGGUUACCAUAUAUGCUUGAGAGAGCAGGUCUAGACGUUCAACAAGAAAUACAAAGAAAUCGAGAGUUCUAUAAGAAUGCCGAUGUCAGGCCACCAUUCACAUACGCUUCUUUGAUCAGACAGUCUAUUAUUGAAUCUCCAGAUAAACAACUAACACUGAAUGAGAUCUACAAUUGGUUCCAAAAUACGUUUUGCUACUUCAGAAGAAAUGCAGCAACAUGGAAGAACGCCAUCCGCACCAAUCUCUCUCUACACAAGUGUUUUGUCCGCUAUGAAGAUGACUUUGGAUCAUUUUGGAUGGUGGACGACGCUGAGUAUGUCAAGAGGCGACACUUAUCACGCGGCCGUCCGCGGAAAUAUGACCCCCUUCCAUCACCCACUCUACCUUACCUCCCCAUACAGGAUAAUCAGCAAGAAGAAAAUCUCAGCAUCAAAAGUCCUAGGCUUUAUGGGGAUGCUAGUAGUGCUAAUAUCCAGGUACCAUUGGGAGAAAAUGCUUUUCCCGGAUAUGUGAGCAGCCCCCCUCCACCCCUCCGUCCGGACAGGGACUCCCAUUCACCUCUGCACAAGAAACAAAGGCUUCAGGAGGACGAAAUAAUGAGAAUAAAGCAGGAGAACGGAACAAACAUUUACGGGCAAGGAGCAGGACUUGGAGUUCGGGAGGAGAGGUCUUCGGAAGGUCAGGACUCGACUGGCGCUGAUGAUGAGGUAGCACAGGACCUUUCUAUGUCUCAAGAAGAUACUCCUUCUACCAGCUACGCCAGUGAAUCAUAACACUUUCUAUAGACCUUAUUGUAUAGACUGACCAUAGUUUUCAAUCCCAAAUACUUUAAACAUAUAGAAAACACAAUGCUGACGAGAAUCACAGCAAUUAAAUUAAUUAUUAUAUUGAUUUAAAAUUGAAUUGCUAUGGGAAGAGUUAGCACUUUAGUUGGUAUUGGAAUUCAGAUUAGACAAUAAUUCUGAUGGCAAUUGCAACUUUGUGAAUUCUAUAUUAUCUAGACUACAAUGGUCCACUAACACAUUUUAUGAUACUUCUUCCUAAAAAUUACUCGUGACACAUAUUCGGACAUCAGGGUGUGAUCACAUUGCUCGCACCCUUGCCUGAGUGUUAAAUGACGCGAGCUUGCACAACUUGCUCGAACGAGUUGGAGUGUUAACAUUACUUGUAAGUACUCGCAUAUUCCUGCAGUCAGUGGCUGAUGCAAAAGAUGGAAUCAUGUGAUGAUGAACUUUUUGUGGUGGAAAAUAGUGAUUUAAAGUUUUGGGUAAUGGAUAGUGAAUGAAUUAGGGAGGAAUGGGUGAACAGACACUUUGUUGACAGUUAAGUGGUAGGAGAAUGCCACCGUGUUUUCCCUGAUCUUUUGGGGCAGCUAGAUACAUUUUUCGAAAAUCGUUCAAGCAUUCUCUGUUUGAAUUUUUCUUGUCAGAUAUGUUUCAUAUUGCUUUAGCACAUACCAACUCCACUAAAAGUUAAUCCAUUUGAUGCAAAAGCAGUUAAAAAAUAAGGGAUCAAAAACUACACAGCGCCUGAACGUACUUGCUUCAAAAACAAAUACAUUUGGUUGCAAGAAUUUGGUAAUGCGAGUAACUGGACGCUCGUGCGACUUGGUGAGUGUAGUAUGAUCACACUGUGCAAAUUUCAAAUUGUUUUCUUGUUUGUCUGAACUAUAUGUUUACUCCUGCAUGCACAUUGCACGUGCAAGCUCGCCCAAACACUAAACUCGUGCGGGCAAUGUUGAUUGCAGCCUUAGUGAUAAUAAAAUGUGUGAAUGUUAAAUUUUUGAAGAUUAAGGAACCUUUAAGGUUCAUAGUACUAAUUAAAUUUAGUUAGGUAAAAAAAUUUCCCAAUUCAAUGUCUCUUAAUUAUUUGUUUAUGUAUCUAUUUAAGUCAGUUUAAAUUGACAUUAACACAAAAGAUUGAAUCCCCAAAACAAAAAUUGGCUACAGAAAGAAUUGUAGUUUCCCAUUGCAAUUCAUUUAUCUUACAUAGAAAUAACUGUUGGAAGGUAUCGUUAGAAGUUUUUUAAAGUAAAAGUUCAUACCUACAAAAGUUGAAAGUAAACCAUUAAUAUGUUUUCCAAAUUUUGUUCCAUUUUCUGCGACAGGGACAAUCAACUGUUUAAACAGGUCUUAUUUUUAUUCAAGAUUAACACAUAGCACCGAAAAUUAUUAUAAAAAAAUGUCUGUAUACAACAAUAUUGUAAUUGUUACAUAUUUAUAACUUGCAAUGCUACCGGUACCUUUAUUAAAUUUUAAUUUUUUUCAAGAAAAACAUAAAUUUAAAGAAAAUAAAAAACUAUACGUUAAACUAGAGUUAUGCAAAGAUUUAGUUAGUUAACUAUACAUUAUUUUGAAAUCGAAAUUUCUUUUACUGUUGUUAAAAUGUAUGUCAAUGUCAUAUAAUCUUUAUUAAUGGGAAUUUUACCUUAUUAAAGACCUAUUUUCUGAAGAAUUGAACCUAAAACCUAUUAUUGUCUCUAAGCUGAAAUGUAUCGAUCAAAUACAUUAUGACAAAGUUUUUAGUAAAAGGAGAAUUGGAAUAUUAAGAUAAUUUAUAUGUGUGGAUUAGUUUGAAUCAGUUUCCCCUUCAUUGAACAUUGCUGCUACAUUUCUUCUAAUAAAACCAAGAUUUGUCCCAUAAUUAAUUUUAAUUUGUCAUACUUGUUACUAAGCACAAUCUGUUUUGGUAUGGUUUGUGAUUUUCUGUUUGUAGCAAAAAAUAAACUAAAACAAAUCAAGUAAAUAUUGAAAAAUGUUAAUUAAAUAGUGUAUUAUUUGUUAGCACAUUUUAAAGUUAGAUGUUAGUAGCAGUUUGCAUGACCUGUCCCAACCGUGUUGAAACAAUCAUGAUAAAAUAUUGUUUUGUAAUAUAAAUAUACGUACAUAUGCCUUUCCACACAACAGUAUCACAAUUCAUAAAACACAUAUCUCAAGUAUAGGUUAGACAUACACAAUUCAAUUCUUUAAGUGAGAAAUGAGGAAGCACAUUCACUUUUCACAUCACUUCACUGGGGUUGGUUUUAAAACCAAAUUAUCAAUGCAGAAGUCUUGGUAAACAAUAUCAUGAACAUGAAAUAAAAAUAAGUACCAUACAUUAACUAUCAUUAUUUGGUCUAUUAACAAAGUUAUAGUAAACAAUAAAAUAAUCUAGAAAACCAAUCUUACUCAUGGCACAAAACUGUUUUGCUUUGUUUGCCAGGACAAAAUUUAUUUUUAUAUGAGGAUACAGUUGAAUUUUUAUAUAUUUUUUUAAGAUUACAUUGUUUAAGUUACACAUUUAAUGGGUUUUACAGUUGUUCUAGGUAUUUUAAAAGUUUUCCUGGUUUAACGGGAUAUGAAUUAACGUCAACCCACUUGGUAAUAAACAAAAUGUUAUUUCACUGAACAAAAGGUAAUUCUAGGUCAUGGACUAUGUUUAUUCUAAGUAAACUGACAGUUAAUUUUCAGUUGCAGUAUUCACCAUAUAAAAAAAAUACUAUAAGGUAUUUGAAAUAAAAGGUUUUGCAGAGUGAUAAGAGUUAUUGUAUGAAAAAAAUAGGUAAAUAAUAAAAUGAUGUACCGUACUAAGUAAAUUGGAAUUUUGAUUUAAAUAUAGCAUUAUAAAAUAAUUGCAAAAUCCAUACAGAGACGCUAAUUUUUGCCCAUUCUAUAACUACCCUAUUUUAAAUGUUAACUUUAAAAAACCCCAAGCAACCUUAUUAUUCACUUAAAGGCAAAUUGAGAUUUAUAAACAAAUACAAAUAUAGUGUGUUUAGUGUUUGUUGCAGUAGUGUGUAUAUUGUACAAAUACCCUUUUUAUGUAUUAUAGUGAUAUAUUGUUACACACAAGUAAUACUUUAACCAUCUUAUUAUUUUACUGAAUGGGUUCAUGUUACCAUGUACAUAAUGUUGGUCUUGAGCAUAAUGUGUACAGACAAAGAUCUUUAAAUUAAUGGCAAUGUAAUACUUUGAAGAGAAAUGUUCAAUUAACAAGAGGCAGAACUACUGCUAUACGUUUAUCAAAAUAAUAGAGAAAAGCAAAGACUGUAGGAACAUUAUAGAAAAAAAUUCUAAAAAAAUGUAAGUAAAAUUUUGUGUUUUUUAUUGUUUUAGAGAUGAAUCUUUACUGACAAAAAAUAUAUAAAAUUACUUAAACUCUUGGGACUAAAAUGUGAGGUAACUCUUGGUUACCCGUUCUAUUAUACAAUACAGCACUCUAUCGUGUAAAAAUGUCAUCCAUUUCAUUUCCUUGGUUACCUUAAUAUAAUAUUGUAAAAUUUUAUCUAUCUGCUGUUUAAACUCUAUCUUAAUAAUAAGUUUAACAAUUUACAUAAUUUGUGUCAAAGUAACUGCACGUAGGCCUCUUCUUGAUUCAGGAUGUAAUAUUAUUAUAAAUAUUGUCAAGUGAUGAGUUGUGAAUAUGUAAAUACAUCUGCUUCUGUUACUGAUAAUCCGAUCCUUCCAGAUGUGUCCAGAUCACCACUACAAUGUCUCAGUUUGUAUAAAUUCAUACAUAUUACAUAGAGUAGAUAAAUAAUAAUUUUAUAAGCAAUGCUACAACCUUUCUAACACACUGUGAUGUACAGAUAUUUGUAUGAUCAGAAUUUACAAGUUUUGUAAAAAAACUCAGACUAUUUCCAUGGUUCUUCUUUUGAACAUGUGACUCAGUGACAUUUAAAUAAAGAGUGCAAAAAUUGCA